CUGCGGCUGUGUAGGAUCCUCGGCGUUGUUCGCCUUUGUGCUGCUAUACACAUAUCGAUGGUGAACGAACGCUUCAAUCACUCUUUUUCGCGUCUUUUCCCUCUUAGACCGUUGCUUGACACCUCUUAUGCUGAGUGCUACUAUGUCUUAAUCUUGACCGACAAGACUGCCGGUUGCGCACCACCGCUGCUAGAGCGACACUUGCAAGAUCGUGUGCGAGAUCGUGUGCGAGAUUCCUUUAUUGCUAGCCCGUUCGUUACCGUUGAACAAAGUGCUUAGGGUUCGUGCCAAGGCCUGGGCGAAUUUUCGGGGCUAGGCAGGCUACCAAAGUCUGCCGGUGGCGUCGAGCCUUUUCAGCGAAUCAUAUUUCAACGUGCAGAACGUGUUCGUUUCGCAGGUCACGAUAAACUGACUUCACUUCCCCCAGGGCCCCAGAAUCUAUGCCUCCACGGCGGGGCUAUGGGCAGACCCCAUUUCUGUCUACUUGCAGACCCCAUUACCGUGACCUUGGGCCUUCCGCAGUUCCGCUGUAACCCUACCCCCUAAAAACAUCGCGUGUCCUUCGCCGUCUUCCUUACCUACCUCCUAGGAGUUCUCUUCCUAAUAAAUGCUUAAUACCUCGGGGACACCGAAUACCUCGGGGAUACCGAUUAGAUUGCCCCCCCACCAAAGCCCCAAGGGGGCCUAAGGAUCGAUAGGGGUAUCCUUCGGGGUGCAAUAUGAAAGUUAAGAAGGACCAAGGUAAGCGGAAGCCUAC